AAUAACUUGGCUCAUUUUGUCAACUAUAUUGACUUUUCUUCCCUUUGAUCAUUUUGAGACCAUCUCUUUUGCAGUUGCAUCAAAACCUAACAAUCAUUUAGUAUCCGAUGGAGUUGGGGCCGGGUCGGCUCAAGAUCAAGGAGUUCGGGCCGCGUAUUGGCCUUCGUACAAUACCUACCCUGCUUCUUCCAUCAACACAAACUAUUUUUCUCACAUUAACUAUGCAUUUGUUCUGCCAUCUUCCACAAAUUAUGCACUUAACAUCACAUCUAACGAUAUCGUGAAGUUACCCGAGCUUUCGACUGCAAGAGAUAGUUGGAAUCCCCCUGCCAAGAUACUGUUAUCUAUUGGUGGCGGUGGUGGAGGUGACGUUUUACGCGAUACCUUCUCUAGAAUGGCGAGUCAAAAGAAUUCUCGAGCUACUUUUAUAAAUUCUAGUAUAAAAGUAGCUCGAGAUUACAACUUUGAUGGGGUUGACCUUGAUUGGGAGUACCCAUCAAAUGUAAAUGAUAUGUCAAACCUAGGUUUGUUGUUUAAAGAAUGGCGCGAGGCGCUUGAAUAUGACGCGAGCGUAACUGGAAAGCCUCGACUUUUAUUGACUGCGGCCGUUUAUUUUGCGUCCAAUAUGGAACCCUACGAUAGUGUAUCACGAUCAUAUCCAAUCAACGAAAUAAGUCAAUAUGUUGACUGGAUAAAUGCAAUGUGUUAUGAUUAUCAUGGCUCUUGGGAAGAUGUUACAGGAUUGCAUUCUGCAUUGUAUGAUCCAAACUCAAAUAUUAACACGGAUUUUGGUAUCCGGUCUUGGAUUCAGGCAGGCGUGCCUUCCGACAAGAUUUUAUUGGGCCUACCACUCUACGGUCCAACGUGGACACUUCAGGACCCAAAUAACAACGGGGUUGGGGCCCCUACUACUGGGACAGGGCCCGGAAAUGGCUUCUUGAUGUAUUCUCAAAUUGUUGAUUUCAAUAGGGAUAACGAUGCAACGGUUGUCUUUGAUGAGACAAGGGUUUCUUACUAUUCUUAUUCGGGUGUUUCAUGGGUUUCAUAUGAGGAUAGUGAAUCGAUUGAAGCCAAGGUCCGGUAUGCGCGAACUCAAGCGCUAGGCGGGUACUUCUUAUGGGUCGUAGACCAAGAUCUGGAUUGGCAUCUUUCAAGUACAGCUUCACAAGCAUGGUUAACUUGAUGUAUGUAUAAUACUAUCAGUUUCAAUAAUAUGUGUAUGAAAUAAAGUUAUUUGAACUCUGUUCAUAAUUUAUUUAUGAACCUCCAGCUUAGGCUCUUGGAGCUAAGGUUGAUCAUAUAUACAAAGUGUUGUUUAAGUC